AUGGCUGCCUCACUCCGCUCCCAGAUGCUCGCACUUCGACGUCCGAUCGCCAAUACAAGCCUAAAAUUCAUCCCCCACCGCUCGCUCUUUGCGACUCUCACUCUCGACAAGAUACUAGCUGCACUCAGCUCGGCGGGGCUGUCGCCAGUGCAGAUCCCAAGCCUUGCUGACCGCGUCUUGGCGAACGGCCGCAAGGUCUUCGCUGUCUUGAUCCUUUUAAAAAACGAAGAGGCCCAGAUUGUACAGUUUGUCAAACAUGAUCAGCUCGCGUUGACUUCGUUGGACUCCAGACUGCCCUUUACUUUGCCAGAAUUGGAAUCGAUUGUGCCGGAGAUUGCCAGUGAGUUUUUCGAGUGGCAGUGGGAGGUGUGUGCACCUGUUUUCACCAAAGGCAUCCUGCACAGGGAGCUUCAUGACGCAAUACGCAUCCCGUUUGUGAGCGAGGAGAAGAUCGGUUAUGGUGGCUUUGGAGAUGUGUACUGUGUCGAGCUGGACAGAGACCAACAGAUCCUGGAUCUCACGGAGCCUGAUGAUAAGCUUCGCGUCGUCCGUAAAGAGUUUAAAAGCACCACUGAAGGCGAAGAUGACUGGGCUAAGGAACUGCAAAAUCUGAGCCUUCUUUCAGAGUUGAAGCACCCUAACAUGGUGGAAUUCUUAUGCUCGUAUACGCACCGUCGAAAGCACAACUUACUGUUUCGACUAGUUAAGCAUGGAACUAUGUCAUCCCUUUUUGAAAUGCCUCGCCCCGCGGGAUUCUCAAGUGAUGAAAUAAUUCUGCACUCGCUUGCACAACUUGCUUCGGCGAUAUGCUUAGUACACUCCUUCACCAUCAAGCGUCUCAACUUGAAGUUUAUUGGUUGUCACCAUGACCUGAAGCCUAAAAACAUCUUAUUCUCUGGUCAGGCAUUUAUUCUCUCUGAUUUUGGGCUCUCGCGAUUCCGUGACGCUGCAGAGUCAUCAAAAGAAGUGUUUGAAGUGGGCCAGGGCCACUACCUAGCGCCCGAGUGUGAGGAUGCAGAAAAUGCGUUCCAGAAAGGCCUUAUUAGCCGACCAAGCGACAUCUGGAGCUUCGGCUGUAUUAUCGCAGAGGUAUUAACUUAUUUAUGCUAUGGACCGGGAUCCGUUGCGAAAUUUAGAUUCGCAAGGCGAGUUAAGAUCGGAGUAUUGACCACCUCGACCUUCCAUGCGGGAUCUGGAAAGGAGAAUGCAGGACUUAUGACUUGGUUAAAGAGCCUUGAAGCCCAAGAAGAGGAAAUUUACGGAAAGGGCGUUAGCCUCGUUCGCAAAAUGCUGUCACUUGAGCCUGAACGUCGACCAAAAAUCGCAGAAGUUACGUUCGAACUUGGUCGGAUUGCCCUCGUGGCAUAUUGCAAAGCGGUAGAAGAGAUGUUUCAGAAACUGUGUAAUGCAACACACUCUAUAGAGGCAGAUAUGGAACAAAGACGGUUUAGAAUAUGGAGACACACUUUCGAAUCUAUGCUCCUCGAGGAGACUUGUCCGUACCGAGAACUGGAUGAUCCAAUGCAGAAGCUCGAUCCUUUGCUGUACUGCCUGUCAAAGUGCAAGAACGAGGCAUCGUCAAUCCUGGAACACUACGAAACUGCAUUACAGCCGCUAUACUCGCCUCUUCGAGUUAUCAUUGACCAAUUACACAGCUUCCUACCGGACAGUCUCUCUAGAUUAGCCGCUUCCAAACUCGAAUCUGAGCUGGUGCAGACAGCUGAUAUCGAAGCGGUGAGUGGCAUGUCCGAAGAAUACGCCGCAAACCCGGUAGCUGAGCGCAUCCGCAUGCUGCUCACGAUUAAGCGCAUGUCGAUCCUCGCUUUCCAGAGAGAGAGCUGCAUUAGACCCGAUCUUUUCAUCAAAGAUGCAAGUCAAGUGAAAGUAGACGCCACAAAAGUUCUCGGCGAGCACAGUCUCGCGGAAUUGGCACAAGUCGACGGCUCUCACCGGCGCGUACUGGUCGAGUGGAUUUCCUACUCGCCUAUAUGGGAAGGCCAUGUUAGCGAGGAGAUGAUGGCUCGAGUCGAAAGCAUAACGACACUAUUGAACGACCCUGUUAAACCGAUAGAGCAGGUUUUACAUAGCUCAGGAUACUUUCAUCAACCUCACAGGACCGCAUUUGGCGUCGUUUAUGAACUUCCGCCCUCCGAUGUGGCUCUGGUCCCACGUACGCUCGCGACCGUGAUUCAAUCGACUAUGGACGCCCGGCAUCGACCGCCCCUGGAAGACCGGUUCACACUCGCUCGUCAGCUGGUAAAGGGCAUCAUCGACUGUCACAAAGUUGGCUGGAUGCAUAAAAGCAUAUCAGCCCAUAACAUUGCCUUUUUCCACCAUCCAGCUGCACCCUCGGCCACGUGGAUUCGAGGUGCUCACAUCAUCGGAUUCAAUCACAGUCGACCAGACGAUCCGACGGCGUUCACCGUGGGACCUGGUACGUCGCAAUUCAAGGUAUAUCACCACCCAGCCUACGCGUCCGGGGCAAGAUUCGAGUUGGCAUUCGAUUAUUACAGCCUCGGCCUGGUGUUGCUGGAGAUCGGCUUAUGGAUGCCUCUGCAGAAGAUCGUCGACGGCUGGAAGUUCGACAGUCUGUGGAAGCUGAAGGACAUGCUCCUCUUGCGGAGAGUCCCACUGUUGGUCCAUGCCAUGGGCAAAGAGUAUCAUGACCUUGUUGAAAUUUGCCUAAAGGGCCAUGCGACGCAACACAACUCGUCUCAUGGCGAACCAGAAAGCACUGCGCUUCUUACAAGGCUGGGUCGACUGCCUUUUGCCGACACGUACAGCGUACCUUGA